CUCUUCUCUUUUUUUUUCUUCUUUUCUUAUCUGUGAAUAUCCCCCGCCCUUUCUUUUUUUUUUCUUUCCUCGUCAAGUUUUCAUUUAUAUUGUUUUUAGCUUUCUUUUUUUUCAUACACGUACAAAAUAUAUUAUUUUCCCGCAUUCCUUGAUUCCGGAAAGGAAUGCCUCUUGAAAUACGAUGACGUUUGAACGAUCACAAGAUAAUCACCCUACUGCCUACCAUCAUCCUCAUUAUCCUACCAUGAAUCCCGCGUCUCUGGAUACCGAUGUGCGUCUAGACCCGUGGCCAACAGAAUCCAGUCUUAUUGAUUAUGACCAUGUGCAAGCAGCGACAGCCACGAUGACACCGCCGGCGGUGACGACUUCAGCUUCAUCCCUGUUGGCACGACCCAAAGGAUCGCUGUCUUCUUCCACAGCCGCGAGCCCACCUCUGGACCCGUCUAAACCAUCCCAUCCAGAAUGGGGAGUCAUGAAAGAGCAGGAUUUUCAUCCUCUCACUCUCAAGCAUCAACGCGAUCUCGAAAACCUAUUUCAAUCCGGUGCAUCCAUUGCCGACUUUUAUUUCUGGCAGGCCAACUUGGGCGGCUAUUGUAUGGCGGAUAUGAUUCAAAACAUGGUGAUUUCAUCGGAAGGUGUGUUCGUACUGGUACGCCGCAUCGUGGAAGGUGCUCCUCACCCUGGAAGAAGAAAGAAGAAGCGUACCACGAAUUAAUUGUUUGACAAACAGGAAAAUCCGAUGAUUCCGUUCCCCUUUUUGAAUCUUGUUUUCUUUUUUUUGUUUUUUUUUUUGUUUGUUGGUGCUCAUCUGCUCUUCCCUUCUUUUUACCUUUUUCUUCCCUCUUUUAAAACCACAUUCUAUAACCAUUUGUAUUGUGAAAUGGCUUAAAAUUUCUCUUCCUAGUCAUUUAUAUCGUAAUUAUAAGCUCUCUGUGUUCUUUCGUUACUCGACAUUAAAGCUGUCCCCUUCUAUAUCUACUAAACAAACCAAUCUGUUUGCUUUUGAAUAUGCACGUUCAUCAUUUUUUUCCGGGAAUCUAAUAAUUUUGCUUGAGCAGAAAUAAACUUGGUGUCUUGUGCCCAAUAAGUAUCAAGUCUAAAAUACGCACGUCGCUUAGCAUCACUGUGUCUAUCUCGAAAAUCCGAAAAACGUCUUUUCUGGAUUUCAGGA